AUAAAAAUGCCUUAGAGAAAAACAUACCAUUGGACACGUUCUUGGUGCCAUUAAAUGUCCGAAAUAUGGCUAACAGAGGUCUUGAGGAAAGCUCCAAAGGUUUGAAUCAAGUGGAAGUCAAUGAGCUCAAGAGUCUCAAGUCAUUGAUGGAGAAGCCAUUAAAUGAAGAUACCUAUGAUAAAAGGUUUGCUUACCUGCUAAACUUUGAAGAAAUUCAAAUGGAGGUUGAUGUCAGGAAAUACGACAUGGAGGAUGUCACAAUGAAACGGUUUCCAGGCAACAGCAAGUGCCUUCUCCUAGAGGUGCCAGGGCUUGCUGAAAAUCGACCAUCUGUUCUGAAAGGGGAUUGGCUCUAUGUAAGAAUACAGAAUGGUGGAAAACUUGGUACAAAGGAAUAUAAGGGAUAUGUCCAUGAAGUGCAGCAGAAUAAAGUUGCCCUUGGAUUUCAUCAAAGUCUUUUGCAGCAGUAUGUGGCCAACAUGAAGUUCAGAGUCCGUUUUACGGUAAACCGCAUUUCUCUGCGACUGCAGCAUCGUGCAGUUAAACUGGCGGUUGAGCUAAGCCUCACGGAUAUCAUAUCUCCCUCCCUGAAAACUGCCUGCACUCAAGGGACCAUCAUACCCCCAAAUGAACCACUCAGGUUUUACAACAGCAAAAUCAAGGACAAUCCGCAACAGAUGCAGGCAGUGCAAAACAUUGUGGCUGGAACAUCACGUCCUGCCCCGUAUAUUAUCUUUGGACCACCAGGAACAGGGAAAACAGUCACAAUUGUAGAGGCCAUAAAACAGGUCAUUCGCUGUAUCCCCACAGCUCACAUCUUGGCAUGUGCCCCAUCCAACAGCUCAGUGGAUGUCAUCACUGAGCGGCUGCUGGAACACCUGCCCAAAUCUCAGGUGUUCAGAAUGUUGGCCUCUACACGGCCGUGGAUUGCUGUGAAGAACAGUAUUAAGGAGGUGUGCAAUUAUGACAAGGCCUAUGAACAGUACUACUACCCUAACAAGGAGGAAAUGAUGAAGUACAAGAUUGUGCUCUGUACACUGGUAACUGCGGGCAGAAUUGUGUCGGCAAACUUCCCCCCAGACCACUUCACUCAUGUUUUCGUGGAUGAAGCCGGGUGUGCUGUAGAGCCAGAGUGCAUUAUUCCAGUUGCGGGUGUCCUGGACUGCCUGCCAGACAUCAAGGAUGGAGGCCAGCUUGUAUUGACAGGUGACCCAGAGCAGCUUGGCCCUAUUCUGAGGUCACCAUUAGCCCUUCACUAUGGGUUAGAUAUAUCCUUGCUGGAACGCUACAUGACACAGUGUGAUGUGUAUGCAAGGAAAGAUGACGGGGGAAAAGGCCAGACUUAUGAUCCACGGGUGCUGACAAAACUGGUGAACAAUUACCGGUCACAUCCCAAACUUCUGGAGAUGCCGAAUAAUUUGUUUUACCACCGUGAACUGGUGGCGCGAGCUGACCCUGUGCUGAUUAAUGCCUUCUGCCAGUGGAAGGGACUUCCUAAACCUGGAUUCCCGAUAAUUUUUCAUGGAGUAGAAGGUGAAGACAUGAGAGAGGAGAGAAGCCCGUCAUUUUUCAACCCAAUAGAAGCCAGUAUUGCACUGGACUACGUGAACCAGCUGAUGAAGGGUGAGAGCAGAGGGAUGAAGGUGAAGCAGUCGCACAUUGGUGUGAUAUCUCCAUACAGAAAACAGGUUCAGAAGAUGCGAAAGCUGUUUGAGAAACAAGGUUGGAAGGAUAUCAAAGUUGGGACAGUUGAGGAGUUCCAAGGGGACGAACGCCUGAUCAUCAUAGUGUCCACUGUCCGCUGCCAACCAGAUUGGUUGGAAAUGGACAGAGAGUUUCACCUGGGAUUUCUGGACAAUCCGAAGAGGUUUAAUGUUGCCAUCACAAGAAGCAGGGCCCUGUUGAUUGUGGUGGGGAACCCCCUAAUUCUCAGCAAGGAUACAUACUGGAACAGCUUCUUUGAAUUUUGUCACAAGAACGGAGGUUACACAGGAAUGCCUUUUGAUGACAUUGAAGCUUUCUUCGAGGACAUACUACAGAGGUUCAAUCACCUCGGUUUGAAGGGCUAAAAAGACUCAAAUCUUUGAACAGUACAGUUUCUGUUUAAUGUAGAUUAUUGAAUUCCUUGCCCGGUACGACAAUGAAAUAGACAUUAUAAAGACCCAGUAUGAGCUAACAGUAUUCCAACUUGUAGGUUGUAAAAUUUUUAUGAAACAAUGGGUUAUAUACAGCUUUUAACUUGAAAAAUUUUACUAAUUCUUACCCUUUUUAUUUUCUCUUUCCUGCUUAAGAUUUUUUUUUGCUUUUAAUUUGAAAAAUUGUAAUAAUUUUUACCUUUUUUCCCCCUCCAGGUUAAGAUUCUUUCUCAUUGACUGCACUUCUGCCAAUUGUCCCGUUAUGGUGAAAUGUUCUUUAACUUUCCUGUAUUAGGAAAGUAUUGACUGUGAUAUAAUUAUUGUCCAUAUAGUGGAGUCAUCAUGCUGUAUAAAUUAAUCAAAUUAAACUGCAUGUAAGUUUUUAUGUUCAUUUUAAAUGUCAGCGCAGAAAUGAUUCUUAUUGAUUACAUGUUGCAGUCUUCUGCAAUACAGGUACAUAUGCAGGUGUUGUCGAUAUUUAUGGUUUUCUUUCAGCCAUUGAGCCCACAAAAAGUUGAAAGAGGAGACAGUUGCAACAUUGACCUCCUUAAAAGCCUAUACAAUUGCUUCAUAAUACUUGUAUACAUAUGCGGUUUAACAUCUUAAUAAGGGCAUUAUCAAGCACAGACAAGUCAGAUGACAACUCCCUAAUGUGAUUUCAGUAUUCCACAUUCAAUUAUAGCAAUGCUGAGCAGUAUUUGAUCAUAAGAUUUAUUUACUUUCUAAGACGUUUCAUUUUUGCCGAUUAUUACAAAUAUAGUCGUAUUAAAACUAUGCUGUGACAAUGUGUAAGUUUUGUGGUACACAUUUUUACAGAAUAGCAGAAGUGUACGGAUUUUGAUGUCAUUCAGCUGUCAGAUUUUUAGAAUUGUGUGCAGUGUCAUCAGAGAAGAAUUGUUCUCAUUUGUUUGCCACGUACUAUGAAUGAGGUGCUUGAUGUAUUGAUUUAUGUGCUUUAACUUUCAAAUUAAUUAUUUUUGCACAAUGCAAUAUAUUGGUCAAUGCAGUGUCCCUGUUUGUAUGGAAUUAACAGAAAAUUUACAUGUUUACACCAAAUCAGAUGGUGUGUACAUCUGUAGUUUGUGCCUCCUUCCUCUUCACUGGAAGUUUCUUUUAAAGGUGUGCUAUUACAGGUACAGCAUUUUUUUUAUGAUUUUUAAUGGGAAAGUUAUUUUAUUAAA